CACUGGAAUCGACACAAUCCAUUCCAGUAAGACUUUCCCAAAUGAGGAAGUGUUCACAGCACAAUACAGACAGCCCCACUGCGUAAAGAGCUAUAUCAAAGCCGGACUGCUGGGAUAAAAAGAAAACUCCGUAUUUUUUAUGUUAGUAUGUUUGUCAUCCUUGUUUUUGUUGUAGGAAACUUCGCCACUUCAACAGCUCUCUCUGGAGUGAAUCUCGAUUGCACCAAUGACUAUGUCAAAAUGUCUUGUCACUUUGACGCUCUAAACUGCACUGACUAUAAUGUAACUCUGUUGAGUCCCUACGGUCUUGGGGAGAAAUACUGUCUUCCCCUGCAAUGUACAAGUAGGCAAUGUUGCUGUUCCAUCCAUGUGACUUUGGUAUUGGAUACUAUUCACACGGCAUUUGUCAGGAGUGGCGGCAAAUAUGUUGAAUCCAAAAACAUAAGUGUGACACAUAGCUUGAAACCUCAAACCCCAAACAUUGUCUCAAUUAAUGAGACCAAUGGGAAUUUUCUAAUCCUUUGGAAGACAAACGAAAACAUGGCCUUUAUACGAAAUGAUCUCAGCACACGCCUAACUUACCGCAAAAAAGGAGACAGUGAAGAGGUGACGAAAGUAGUCGAAGCACCUCAAAUGGAGCAGCAACGGUGUUACACGUGUUUUAGUACUGAAAUACCUGGGGCACAUUUGGAGCCAAGUACAACCUAUGUGUUCACAGUGCAGAGCCUCCUGCCCUGUCUUUCUGUCUGUAGACCACCGAGCGAGUGGAGCAAGGAGUAUGAAUUUACAACCCCGGCAUCCCAUGAGAGCCUUCUACUGAUCCUCUUCAUUAGCUUGUGUCUGCUUGCUAUCACCAUCACCAGUGUGACAUAUAUUUGCUAUGUAAAGUGUCGUACAAAAUACUGGGACUCAUUCGGCAACUAUCAAAAUUCCAAAAUUCUCAAUUUGCAUCCGGGUAAAGAAGAGGUUUUAAAGCCCAUCCCUCCCAUCAUCUCAUCGAUCUAUGUUGAAACCCUCACCCCAGAUAUCCUCAAACCAUGGUCAAAGGACUCCCUAAUGGACAGCACUGAGAGUCUCCUUCAAAGCAGUGGAAUCGGUACUGGCCUGAAUUCUCUAAGCUACGGUUGUACAGAUGCUGUAGACAUCAUCGCAGGUGUCCAAGGGGCACUCAGCAAAGCCUUAAUGAACAUUGUCCCAGUAUCCCAGAGUGAGCAACAUUCGGGUUUGGAAAAUAGAAUAACGUACUCUUUUAUCAGGCCUAGCUGUCCAGUUCAGAUAAUGACUGACACUUUGAUGCCUAAAACCCAGCCUGAAAUGCUGUGUGACAGCGGCUACCAAGAAACAGGUGGCAAGUCAACCUGCGACGACAAGCGAAGAUCAGCUUCUGAAGAAAACAUGUCCCCCACUUUGGUCUCUUCCUACACACUGACUACCAGAUCUCACCAGCAGGACAACAGGGAUUCUGGGAGUUUCGCAAGUGGCAAAAACUCUGAUGUGUCUUUUAGUUGCAGCAACAUACGUUUGUCUGGAGAUGUUGAACACAGCGUGGAAACAGGACAAAAAAACUGUCAAAAGAUUUUGAAUGGGGUUCAUUGCAAGGGCGAGGAUCUAACCAAAGAAGGCGAAGGUCACCACUGCAUUCCUGUAAGAUUACAGGGUACUAUCCCAUCAGAUGGUAACUAUCAGGCUUUACAGAGUUUAGGGGUGUUCUCUAAUACUAAAUUUGAAGUGCAGAAAAGUGGGAAUAUACAACACCAGGAGAAGUUUUUAGAAAAGUCCUCAGAAGGUCCCACUACAGAUGUUACUUGCGUACCUGCAGGCUCAGAUGGCUGGCUUUCAGUGGCUGAGAGUUACGAGAAAAUUAAGGGUCUGGUGUUGCUCUCCGAUAAUCAAUUUAGACAGCAGAACAACAACGAAGACUUGGUGAAGAUUUCAUUAGCAGAUGCUAGUAAAGGCAAUACCGCUAUCCGUGCAAUGUUAAACCCCACUUAUUCUGUAAAUAACUACCAAGAGGUCCAUUGUUUAAGAGAGCACUCUGAUAAUAAGAUGAAACAGUCACAAAUUGGUGAGAAAGAGAACCUGGGAAAAGAUGUAGGAAACCCAUUUGGGGUUCAUGUGAAAUUACUAGGCAGUCUGCCAAUGGAUAACAACUACCAAGCCUUUGGGGGUUUAAAUGAGCUCUCUGUUAGUCGAUUUGAAGAGCAAAAAAGUGGGAAUCAAUAUCAGGACAAGGUUUCAGAAAAUUCCUUAAAAAGCACCAGUAAAGUUGACAGUUGUGUCCCUUCAAGCUCUAACCACAGUUUUCUGGUUGAUGACAACUAUCAAGCAUUUCCGGGUUCAUUGAAGAACCCUUGUCAUCAGUUGGGAGAGCAGAAUGGUCCUAACAAAGAGGAUGUGGUGAAGGUUCUAGAAAAUUCCUUAGAAAGUGCCGCCAAAGAGGAUACUUGGGUACCUGCGAGCUCAAACUGCAGUCUUCUUGUGGCUGACGGUUACGAAACAUUUCAAGCGUCAAGGGAGCUCUCUGAUAGUCAGUUUGAAGAGCAGAAAAGUGGGAACCAAUAUCAGGACAAGGUUUUAGAAAAUUCCUUAAAAAGCACCAGUAAAGUUGACAGUUGUGUCCCUUCAAGCUCUAACCACAGUUUUCUGGUUGAUGACAACUUUCAAGCAUUACCGGGUUCAUUGAAGAACUCUUCUAAUCAGUUGGGAGAGCAGAACAGUCCUAACAAAGAGGAUGUGGUGAAGGUUCUAGAAAAUUCCUUAGAAAGUGCCACGAAAGAGAAUACUUGGGUACCUGCGAGCUCAAACUGCAGUCAUCUUGUGGCUGACGGUUAUGAAGCAUUUCAAGGUUCAAGGGAGCUCUCUGUUAGUCAGUUUGAAGAGCAGAAAAGUGGGAACCAGUAUCAGGACAAGGUUUUAGAAAAUUCCUUAAAAAGCACCGGUGAAGUUGACAGUUGUGUCCCUUCAAGCUCUAACCACAGUUUUCUGUUUGAUAACAACUAUAAAGCAUUUCCGGGUUCAUUGAAGAACUCUUGUAAUCAGUUGGGAGAGCAGAACAGUCCUAACAAAGAGGAUGUGGUGAAGGUUCUAGAAAAUUCCUUAGAAAUUGCCACGAAAGAGGAUACUCGGAUACCUGCGAGCUCAAACUGUAGUCUUCUUGUGGCUAAUGGUUACGAAGCAUUUCAUGGUUCAAGGGAGCUCUCUGUUAGUCAGUUUGAAGAGCAGAAAAGUGGGAACCAAUAUCAGGACAAGGUUUUAGAAAAUUCCUUAAAAAGCACCAGUGAAGUUGACAGUUGUGUCCCUUCAAGCUCUAACCACAAUUUUCUGGUUGAUGACAACUAUCAAGCAUUUCCGGGUUCAUUGAAGAACUCUUCUAAUCAGUUGGGAGAGCAGAACAGUCCUAACAAAGAGGAUGUGGUGAAGGUUCUAGAAAAUUCCUUAGAAAGUGUCACCAAAGAGGAUACUUGGGUACCUGCGAGCUCAAACUGCAGGCUUCUUGUGGCUGACGGUUACGAAGCAUUUCAAGGUUUAAGGGAGCUCUCUGAUUGUCCAUUUGGACAGCAGAAUAAUGGCAACAAAGAUUUGGAGACUCCCUUAAAAGAUGCUCAUAAAAGUGAUGUCCAAGAAAGCUCAAACCUCAGUUUUUCUGUAGAUGAUAACAACAGUCUUUCAUGGUUCUUGAGAGCAGUCUGAUAAUUAGUCAAAAAGUGUUGAAAAAGAGAGCUUCGGGAACGAUGUAAAAAAUCAAUUUGAAGAUGCAACUGUAGGCGAUAAAGUUACAUCCUGUGCUCAUGUAAAGUUACAAGACACUCUGUCGGUAGAUGAAAACUGUCAAGUUUUUCAAGGUUUAAAGGAACUCUCUGUCAGCCAGUUUGAAGCGAUAAAAGGUGGUAAACAAAAUCAGGACAAGGUUUUGGAAAUUUUCCCAAAAGAUACAACUCAAAGCUAUAGCUGAGUCCCUGAAAGCUCAAGCCGCGUAUUUCUUGUCGACAACAACUACCAGGCAUUUCAGUGUUCAUGUAAACAAUCCGCUGAUCUCUCAGGAGAGCAGAACCACCACUACAAAGAUGUAGAGAGGGUGUUAAAAACAUUUUCAGAUGCCACCAUAAGCAAUGCUUGCGUACCCGCGAUCAUAAAUCACUGUUUUCCAGGAACGAAGGUUACGAACCAUUUCAGGGUUUAAGUAAGAUUUCUGAUAGUCAAUAUGAAGAGAACAAAAGAAUUUUUGAAGACCUAAGAAAACUCCUGAGAACUUGCCAUGACAGCUGAAACCUGCAACACUGCAGGCUCAAAUCCUAAAUUUACCUUCAAAGAAAACUAACAACCCUUUCUUAAAGUUGUUCUCUGACAUCGAAUUGGAAUAUAAGAAAAUGGUGUAAAAGAGAAAUACCUGGUGGUUACAAACUCCUCUUCCGAAUGCUAAUAGAGGAUUCGAAGGCUACAGUCGGGACACUCUUCCAGAGGAGGACACCUACCAAGCGGUUCGGGGUUAGAGAAAGCAGAUAAAUAAUAGGUUUUCAGACCAGAGAAGUCAAAUAUUUGUAAACGUUGUAAAAUAUUUCUCUGGAGAUGCAAAUAAAAGCAUAGGCGGAUUUUUGGGGCAGGGGGGGCACAUCAUUUUGAUGACCCCGAAAACGCAGUGUCAGCAAUAAAAUUAACUUACAAGAAUAUUUAUUAUAAUACGUUGAAAAUGAGCAUUUAGAAUGAGGGGAAUUCUAAAUCAGACUGUUGGCAGGACAGCUAUUCUUUCCACCGAGAUCAUCAUCCAUUGAAUAUGGUACGCCCGCCGGUGUCGUGCCAAUGUAGUUACCUCAGUCAAAAAUUGUAUCCCCUGGGUGGAGCCAUAUGGAGGUAGAUUUGGGUCUUUAUAAUGCUAUCAUUAUGCUAUCAUUCCAUCAAAAAAAGUUGCUUCAAUCAAAAUAUAUAUUUUCAAUUAAAAAAAAAAAGUCACUUCAAUCCAAAAAAAAAUGUGUUUGAAUGCAAAAAUAAAUUUGAAAUAAAAAAAAAAUGCAUUUGAAAGCUAUUUUUUAUUAGAAUUAUUGAACUUUUUUGAUUGAAGUAAUGUUGUUUUGUGUUUGGGCCACAUUUUGGCUAGGACAUUUGUGUCAUUAAUCAAAAAAUAAGUUGCUUCAUACAAAAAAUAUAUAUUUUCAAAAGAAAAAUCACUUCAAUCAAAUAAAGAAAAAUUUUAAUCAUAGAAAAAAAGUUUUUGAAUGUGAAAAAACAUUUGGGACUCAAAAAUGUGCAUUUGAACACUUAAUUUUUCAUCAAAAAAAAGUUUUCUUUGAUUUUAGCAAUCCUUUUUGUGUUUGGGCCAUAUUAUGGGUACAGGGUGUGUCUAAAUCAUUCAAUCCCCCAAAAAGUUGCUUCAAUCAUAAAAAAAAUAUUUUCAAUCAAAGAACAAAAUCAUUUAUAAAAAAAUUAAAUUGCCCUCCCCAUUUUUUUUUUUUUUUGGAAAAUGAUAUGCAAAGUAAAUGACUGUCUAAGGUGCUAGUCACAUGAUGUGUUCGAAAAAAAAAUUCAGAGCCAUUAUAAAAAUAUCUUUUUUUGUUCAUUUCAUUCAUUUUUGUUGUUUGUUUUCUUGCUUUACAACUUUUAUAUAUAUAGGAGAGUCAAUUACAUACAAUGACACUUUUCGGCCACCAAUGGUGGCCUGGCCCCCCUGGCCCACACUUAAACUCCACUUAUGAAUAAAAGCCUACAAAGGAGUAUUCAAUUGAAUGAACUAGACCAAAUCUUUUAGACCUUGUCGAAGUAGUGAGUCAAGAAAGAUGAUUAUGAGAGGUUUUUGGAAACUUUACUACGUGUAUUACAAGGAAGGUCCUCAAGCCACAAGACACUUUUGGAUCAUUGAACUAAGGCUUCUAUGACCUUGUCUGAGGAGGUCCUUGGCAUUGUUAGCUUUGUACAGUAUGUCUUUUUAUAUUUUUUAACCUGUCCUGUUCAGCUGCUUAAACACAGAGAAUGGGGAUCUGAGUGUCCUAAUGGUUUGAACAGUUUUAAUUAUACAUUAUGUCUGAGUUUUUAUAGUUGUCCAUGGUGUUAUUAUGUUUUGAGAUCUGAAAUCAGUUGUUUACAUAACAUCUCUGCUUUUUGCCUCCGCCAGUAGGUGAAAUCUAGGGAAAUCGAAGGUUAUGUAUUCUGCUAUGUCUGUGUUCAAUUUACCUGUCUGUAUGCAUCCUUUGAUUCAAUGGAAAUCAGCUGGGCUCUGUAUUCCUGAAACACCCAUUCUACAUAAUGUCAUAUUCUGACACAAAUCUCCUUGUUCAGCCACAGAAAUGUAACUUAAUAAAGA